AUGCUCACUCUAUUGAUAUCAGGACCUACACAACCUGGAAAUGAUAUAGACGUAUUCUUGGCUCCAUUAAUUGAUGAUUUAAAAAUAUUGUGGAAUGGAGUAGAAGGUUGUUAUGAUAGGUACAAGGACGAGUAUUUUACAUUAAGAGCGGUCCUAUUAUUUACUAUCAAUGACUAUCCGGCUCUAUGUAAUUUGGCUGGAUGCACUGGCAAAGGCUAUAAAGGGUGUGUAGUAUGCGGUGACCAUACCUAUUCGAGAUGGUUGUACAAAUCUAAGAAAGCAUGUUAUAUGGGGCACAGACGAUAUCUCAAACUUAAUCAUCCUUAUCGCAAAUACAAAAACUCUUUUGAUGGUCGAGAAGUGCUUGACUUGCCUCCUGAACCAUUGAGUGGAGAGCUCAUAUUUGAAAAAGUUCAAGACAUCAAUAUUCAAUUUGGAAAACCAGAUAGAGAAAAAAAGGAAAUCACUAAAGUUGGCAAGGGUAGAGGACAACAAAAUGACAAAGAGAGAGGAAAACGCAAGCGCAAAACGAAAGAGAAAAACACGGAGAAAGGCAAAGUGAUAAACGAUGACUUGAAUUCAUCAUCUUGGAAAAAAAAGUCCAUCUUUUUUGACUUAGAGUAUUGGAAGACUUUACUUGUCCGACAUAAUCUUGAUGUAAUGCAUAUUGAGAAGAAUGUUUGUGAUAGUAUAGUUGGGACACUUCUCAAUAUUCCAGGAAAAACAAAAGAUACUCUUGCUGGUCGUUUAGACUUAAAAGAAAUGGGAGUGAAAUCUGAAUUACAUCCUAAAGUUGGUGAUAAUAAGCGUACUUAUUUACCACCUGCAUGUUUUACAUUAAGUAAGGAUGAGAAACGUCACUUUUGUGAAACAUUGGCCAAUAUCAAAGUUCCAGAUGGGUAUUCUUCUAACAUACGCAAUUUAGUUUCAAUGAAAGACUUGAGAUUGAUUGGAUUGAAAUCCCAUGAUUGCCAUGCUUUAAUGCAACAAUUAUUACCAAUUGCCAUAAGAUCAGUUUCGCAAAAGCAUGUAAGAUAUGCAGUAACAAGGAUGUGUUUUUUCUUUAAUGCUAUUUGUGCUAAAACUGUGGAUCCAUCAAAGUUGGACAAAUUGCAAGAUGAAAUAGGGAAAACAUUAUGCAUGUUUGAGAGAUAUUUUCCUCCAACAUUUUUUGAUAUCAUGAUCCAUUUAACAGUGCACCUUGUGCAAGAAGUGAAACUUUGUGGACCAGUUUACUUGCGUUGGAUGUAUCCUUUUGAAAGAUAUAUGAAGAUAUUGAAGGGAUACGUUAGAAAUCGUUAUCGUCCAGAGGCAAGCAUUGUGGAGAGCUAUAUAGCUGAAGAAUCUGUUGAGUUUUGCUCAGAAUAUAUUGCAAAUGCAGAAACCAUUGGAAUUCCAAAACCUCGCCAAAAUCCAAAAGGUGAAAGUAAAGGUAUAUCUAGCGGUCGUCUUGAGAAUGCUAAUGAAAAAGACUUAGAACUAGCACAUCGAAAUGUUCUAGAAAAUACAACUGGGGUACAACCAUAUAUCGAUGAUCAUUUAUCAUGGUUGACUCAACAAUAUCCUUCAAGAAGAGAAAAAUGGAUUCGCGAUGAACACCACAAAACAUUCAAGAGUUGGUUUCAAGAAAAAGUUCAUCUAGACAUAAAAGAUCCUUCAAAAAAUGUGUCAAUGAACUUAAUAUGGAUUUCAGAGGGGCCUUCACACAUGGUUGUUAAGCACGAUGGGUAUAUAAUCAAUGGCCAACGCUUCAAUACUAAAGCGCUUGAUGAUAAGAGAGUAACCCAAAAUAGUGGUGUAAGUAUCAUAGCUAGUAUUGCACAAUUUUCUAGUGCCAAGGAUAAAAAUCCGGUCUAUUCAGACAUGACAUUUUAUGGCAUUAUUGAUGAAAUAUGGGAGCUUAAUUAUCAUUCAUUUAAAAUUCCUGUGUUUAAAUGUAAUUGGGUUGAAAGUAACAAUGGAGUUAAAGUUGAUGAAUUAAGCUUCACACUAGUUGAUCUAAAGAGAUUGGGCUAUAAGAGUGAACCAUUUAUUUUGGGAACUCAAGCGAAACAAGUAUUUUAUGUUGAAGAUCCGCUUGAUUCUAGAUGGUCUAUAGUUUUAUCGACCCAACCGAGAAACUUUAGUCAAGAAGAUCAAAGUGACAAUCAUGUACUAGAAGAACUUAAUAAUUUUACAAAUGAACUAGCAGACAUCGUAAAUUUUGAUGAUGCGGAAGUAUCAGCAGGUUCAUAUGCACGUCAAGAUGUUGAAGGAGUAUGGGUUGACCAAAUAGUAUGA